AUAUAUCACAAAGGAAGCUAAACUAAAGCAGAGAAAUUAGUCUUUGGUUAUUCCUUAUUCUGUGACGCUGGCUGCGACGAGUUAGAGCCACACCCUAAGUCCCCAACCCACCGAUCCACUCUCUUCCAGGGUUUCGAGCCACCUCCCUGCUACUCCCCCACCCUGCAAUGUCCUCGCCGCCUACUGCUCCCGUCAACUCUGGCCCGCAGGAACUCGACGAGUUAGGCGCACCACAAUCAGAUGGAGCGCAGCUCCAGCAAUUACAACCUCAAACACAGCCAAAGUGGCCAGGUUGGCCCGGAGACAACGUGUUCAGGCUCAUUGUGCCUGUGGUCAAAGUAGGAAGCAUCAUUGGGCGUAAGGGAGAGCUCAUCAAGAAGAUGUGCGAUGAAACCCGUGCUCGCAUUCGCAUUCUCGAAGGCCCCCUCGGCAUCCCUGAUCGCGUUGUUUUGAUAUCUGGAAAAGAAGAACCAGAAGCAGCAUUGUCCCCUGCGAUGGAUGCAGUUCUAAGAGUGUUCAAACGUGUUAGUGGUCUAUCUGAUGGUGAGGCUGACAGUAUGGGUGCAGCUGUUGCUGGCGCUGCAUUUUGCUCCAUACGUUUACUGGUUGCUUCUUCACAGGCGAUUAACUUAAUUGGGAAACAGGGAUCUACAAUCAAAUCAAUACAGGAAAAUACCGGUUCUGUUGUACGUGUUUUAGCAGAAGAGGAAGCGCCUUCAUAUGUUACUUCAGAAGAAAGAAUUGUCGAAAUACAUGGUGAAGCUCUAAAGGUUUUAAAAGCAUUAGAAGCAGUAAUAGCACACCUGAGAAAGUUCUUGGUUGAUCAUAGUGUCGUCCCUGUAUUUGAGAAAACGUACAAUGCAACAAUUUCCCAGGAACACACUGCUGAUUCCAGGGCUGACAAACCUCAGCUCUCACUCCAUUCAGCUCCUGCUCCUCAGAUUGGGAUCGGUUCUGAUUAUUCCCUGUCCUUGAAGAGGGAUCCUUCAAUAUAUGAUCGUGAAACCCUUUUUGAACCAAAAAUCCCUCAAUCUGGACUGUCACUUUAUGGCCAGGAUUCGGCACUUGGCGGAUUACGCUCAUCAGGACUCAGUCGUGCUGCUGCUCCUAUGGUUACCCAGAUGACACAAACAAUGCAAGUACCUCUUUCGUAUGCUGAGGACAUCAUUGGGGUUGGUGGAUCAAAUAUUGCUUACAUUCGUCGUACUAGUGGAGCUAUUCUUACAAUAAAAGAGAGUAGAGUUUUGCCUGAUGAGAUUACUGUGGAAAUUAAAGGCAGCACUUCUCAGGUUCAGAUGGCUCAACAGCUUAUUCAGGAGUUCAUUAGCAAUCGGAAGGAACCGACACCAAGUAUGUAUGGGAAGAUGGACGCAGGAUUCAGUUCGUAUUCGCAAGUAGCGGACACCAGCUACCCUUCAUCUUCUUUUGCCUCACAUUUAGGAGGGUAUGGAUCUUCUUCAAGCUUAGGAGGUUAUGGAUCCCCCACUGGGGGAGGUUAUAGCAGCUACAGAUAUUGAAUGUUUGACUGGAAUUAAUGGCCUGGUAGAACAUGUGUUUUGGUAAUAGGAAUUUGAACCAAUUGGGUUUUUGUUAUUUUACCUUUAAUAUAUAUAAAUACUAUGGAAACUUGGCUGAGCAAAAAAGGAAGAAAAUUGGGUUCGUUUC